UAAAUUAAAUAUUAGUAAAUAGUAAUAGAGUUAUAACAGAUAUAAAAAAGUAUGUAUCGAUUUGCACACAAAAUCCAAUUCAAGAAUAUUAUCAAAUGGUUUGAUAUGUCAUUGUCGAUAACCGGUACCUAUGUAUUGGGCAAAAAGUAUACAAAUUACUGGACUCAUCAGUGGUCAACAACUACUUCUCAGCGAUCAAUAAUGAAUGGACUGAAAACUGCUCGCAUGGAUGCCAGCGUUGAUCAAAUUGAAGGGCUGUAUGAAUCAGUUAGGUCGUGGGUGGUUAGGGUAUCUGUUCCCAAGUUUUCAGAAUCUGACGAUGAAAUGUGUAGUUCCACAGGAUUUCUUGUGGACGGAGAUAUGGGGUUUAUUUUAACCAAUUACCACUGUAUUCUUGACACUAAUACGGUGGCCAUUGUCUUUGAAAGUCAAAUACCCGAAUCACAAGUAGUAGUUGGAAAAGAGUCGAGCGAAGAAGCUGUAGAUACAUUUAAGGGACGAGUUGUAUAUGUCGACCCACAACAAGAUUUAGCACUGAUUUGUCUUCAACAUUACAUUGAAGCGGUAUUGCCUGAGUUGGAGUUGUCUGAAAUGGAUGCCGAAGUAGGCGAUGAUGUCAUAAGUGUAGGCAAUCCAAUGAUUAGCAAUACAUUGCAAUCGGGUAUAGUGUGCAGUGGAUCGUUGAAAGGGGACUUAAGCAACAGUAUACUCUUGAAUAACGACACUUAUAUUAAUAUGAAUAAGAUAUUUAUGUGUCACUCGAGCACUGGAUGGCCCGGAGCUUCGGGCAGUCCUGUCAUCAAUUUGGACGGCAAAGUAGUUGGAAUACACUUCGCCCUAUUAUUAACAAAGAAUUGUUUGGCCACUAAACGCACUGAUAUUUUCGCAUUCAUUGAAAGAGCCAAACAAUAUAUGAAUAGUACUUAUAUUGAAAUGCAAAAUGAAAGACAACAACGAAAUCAAAGAGCAAACACUUUGGGUAUUAUUUUGCAAGAAUUUGCUGUCAAAGGGUAUGCAUAUAAUGUAUCAGUGAAUGUCAGAAAUCUAUUGCAAAUCAAUGACACCAUAACAGCUGUAAACGGGACUCAACUCACAAAUAUCAAACAAUUGACCGACGCUUUAGACACUAUUACUGGCGACCAAACCAUACGUUUGACAAUUAGAAGACAAUCGAGAUUAGAGUCAGGAAAACACCGAAUGGAUGAAUUGGAUGUCAAUCUAAUUCCUGAAACACCAAACAAUAGAUUUUAUUUUUGAAUAUUAAAUAUGUUAUAAUCUGGUUGUUUGCUAAUA